AUGCCCAAAGAUAAACGACGACCGACGUCCGGAUACGCUCGAAUAGCGCAGGCGGAGGAGGAAGAGGACUCGGAUGCUGGCUCUGACGAUGGCUUCCACCAGGACUCUCUCUCUCACGCGCAAUAUGCUCCCAUCCAGCCGUCACGAAGCUCGCGCAUGCGCAUGCCGGGCGAUUCGGCCCCAGGCUCGCCGACGGCCCACCGAGCAUCCUCGUUGCGGCGACACCGAUCGAAUUCCGGCGUAGACAUCAAAGCCAUAAACGCGCGGUUUGAACGCUGGGCGGACGAGAUUGCGCAGAAGUUCAAAUUCAAGAAGCAGAAGGAGGGGCCAGACGAUGAGCAGCUCGAGAUCCACCAUUCCGUCUUCCAGGCGCCAGACGGCGUGCGGCCGGCAACGGCAGAGUCGCUGCAGUUCGACUACGAGGCAGCCGACACACCAGAGCGCAUGACCAAGCUGCAGUUUGACGACACGGUGGAGAGCGUACGGACCGCCAUUGAGCUGGGAGUGCAUCCCAAGCUCAUCACACAGGGCAGCUCCGGCAGCUACUUCGCGCGCAACGCCCAGGGCAAGGUCGUGGGUGUCUUCAAGCCAAAGGACGAGGAGCCCUACGCGUCACGGAACCCCAAAUGGACAAAGUGGAUACAUCGCAAUCUGUUCCCCUUCUUUUUCGGCCGCGCCUGCCUCAUCCCGAACUUGAGCUACAUCUCCGAAGCUGCCGCAUAUGUCCUCGACACCCAGCUGCGAACGCACAUCGUACCAUACACCGACAUCGUCGACCUCUCCUCCAAGUCGUUCUACUAUGACUUCUGGGAACGGAGGGCAUACUACAAGAAGGGCAAACCGUUUCCCGAGAAGCCUGGUAGCUUCCAGGUCUUCCUGAAGGGCUUCAAGGACGCCAACAUCUUCCUGAAGGAGAACCCGUGGCCAGACCAGCAUGCCUCGAGCCUGAACGCUGCCUCUCAUAAGAAGAGGAGAAGAUGGGCCGAAGACUGUAGGCCAAGCGGACCUCUGUCUGACAACGAGGACGACGAGGACCGGCCAGGCACGCCAGAUCCCCAGCGGCGGCGAGGCUUCUGGACACCUGCGUUGCAGCAAUCGCUCAGGGAGCAGCUGGAGAAGCUAGUCAUUCUCGACUACGUUAUGCGCAACACCGACAGAGGCCUGGACAACUGGAUGAUCAAGAUCGACCAGAAGACGCAGCAAGCUACAAUUGUCGCUGAGCCGCCCAAGCUGAGCGACGAAGAGGACGGAGAGGAUACAGCGAGCCAGUACACACGGCAGUCCAUGUCAGAGCUCGACCCAUACGGACGCAGCGAGCCUAUGAGGGCUUCCAGUCGCUCCAAUACACCAAUGCAGAAAGGACCCGUGCCAGAGAUUACACUUGGUGCCAUCGACAACAGCUUGUCGUGGCCAUGGAAGCAUCCAGACGCUUGGCGCAGCUACCCCUUCGGUUGGCUCUUCCUGCCCGUCUCUCUCAUCGGCCAGCCCUUCUCCGAGGCCACGCGCAAGCACUUCCUGCCGCUCCUCACGUCGAAACAAUGGUGGAGUGAUACGCAAGCAGCACUCAGACAAUGCUUCUCUCAAGACGCAGACUUUAAGGAGCGCAUGUAUGCAAAGCAGAUUGCAGUUAUGAAAGGGCAAGCCUGGAACGUCGUGGAAACUCUCAAGACGCCCGAUCACGGCCCCCUGGAGCUGACACGUCGCGCCCGCGUAUGCGUCUGGGACGAUAUCGUCGAGAUCCCCAUUGCCGUCCCCCUGCGUGCCCCCUCCGCCGAUAUGCGACGCAAGCAACCCCUCACACGGUCGCAGCGCCUCGACGAAGAGCACGAAGAAAUGGACAUCACAGCGCUGCAAACACCCCCACAGAAACCCCAGACAGACCUCCUCAUGAACUCGCCGCCCCUCGACUCAGCGCACGAGAACCGCUUCAACCUCACCCGCGAUUCGUCGUCCUUCGACGCCCGCCGCACCAGCGGAACCUCACCCAUGUCUCCGGCUACCGUCAACGACGUGCCCUGGUCGAGCAGGGUGCCAGAGUCCAAUGGCAGACCUUCGCAUCGCUCGCGCAUGAGCUACGACAUGCCGCGCCGCGACAGCAGCAAGAGACAGCGCCGCUUCUCGCUCAAUCUGCGCAGAGACGAGUACGACGAUGAUGAAGGUGAUCUGGGGUAUGCAGCGAACGAGGACAUGGAGGGGAAUCGCAAGAAGGUGAUUGUGGAGCGACUGGAGAUGGUAAAGGGGAGGAACCCGGUGUUCACGUGGUGUUGA